AUGAUCCCCGAGAAACAGAUCCCCACCAAGGCAUUCGUGGUUGAGAAACCAGGGACGCCAUUUGAGCUCCAGGAUGUCGUUCUCGAUGAAGUCCGCGAGAACGAAGUGUUGGUUGAAAUGAAGUAUACAGGCCUAUGCCACACGGAUCUUGCCGUCCAGCAAGGUGUCAUCUCCCUCGGCGACUUCCCCGUCGUGCUUGGCCACGAAGGCGCCGGCAUCGUGCGCCGGAUCGGAACCCGCGUCCAAGAUAAGACGCUGCGCGAAGGUGACAUAGUCUUCCUGAGCUUUACUUCCUGUUAUAGAGACGCCUGUACAGCGUGUCACGAAGGCCGGACCGGCUUCUGUCGCAAUUUCACCGAGAUCAACUUUGGCGGCGCGCGCGGGCUCUCCGCCGCCGACUCGCCCAUCUCGCUGUCUGGAGGCGAUCAGCGCGCUGUACGGGCCCAGUUCUUUGGCCAGUCGUCGCUGAGCAAGUUGGCCGUGGUGGCUGAAACGUCGAUCGUCAAGUGCCCCUCAGAGUCUGGGAUCACCGUCGCCGAUCUAGAGCACCUCGCGCCACUAGGGUGUGGAUACCUCACUGGAGCUGGGACAGUUCUCAACGUCCUCAAGACGAAGCCGAAGACCCGCUUUGUGGUGCUGGGUAUGGGUGCCGUGGGGCUGGCAGCGAUGCUAACGGCUCGGGCCCAAGGCGUCGAGACCAUUGUCGCAGUCGAUAUCGUGGACGCGAAGCUCGAGCUGGCAGCCUCCUUGGGGGCAUCGCACACGUUGAACACGAAGCAGCAGCCCGAUCUCGUGAAGGGGUUGCGUGGCCUGUUCUCCGAGGGUGUGGAUCAUAUCCUGGACACGACAGGUGUCAUACCCCUGCUCGAAGCAUCGGUUCAAGCCUUGGGGCACGAGGGUACCUUGGCCAUCGUGGGCAUUGCCCCUGUUGGCUCGAGUCUCAAUAUCAACCCAAGGGACAUUUUGGUCUCCUGCAAGCGUAUUCUGGGUGUCAUUGAGGGAAACUCAAAUCCGGCCUUGCUUCUGCCAUACCUGAUCAAUCUGUACAAACAAGGGAAAUUCCCCAUCGAUAAGUUCUCCAAGGCAUAUGAUGCCGAUUCAAUGGACCAGGCAUUGAAGGACUUGCAUACUGGCAAGGUUAUCAAGCCGGUGAUUAGAUGGAUGGACCUAUAA